AUGCACGCCAUUGCGGGGUUGACUGGCCUUUUGGCCGGUGUCUCGUUGUCCUAUGCCGCUCCGACGCAGGAAAAUAUCACCAGUGACGCAUACUUCUAUGGACAGUCGCCUGCUGUCCCUCCUCCUUUGGGUACGGGUACCGGAGCAUGGGCAUCUGCUUACGAAAAGGCAAAGGCCUUCGUCGCCAACCUCACUCCAGAGGAGAAGGUGAAUCUUACCACUGGUACGGACGCCGACAAUGGCUGCUCGGGAAAUAUCCCGGCCAUUCCUCGGCUGAACUUUCCUGGGUUAUGUGUGUCUGAUGCUGGGAACGGUUUGAGAAGUACAGAUCAUGUCAAUGCUUGGUCGAGUGGUAUCCAUGCUGGUGCAAGUUGGAACAAGGACCUGGCACAUAAAAGAGGCCUCCACAUGGGUAGUGAAUUCCACAAGAAGGGAGUCCACGUUCUUCUGGGUCCCGUGGUAGGCCCAAUUGGCCGCGUAGCAGAAGGUGGCCGCAACUGGGAGGGUUUCUCGACGGACCCUUACCACAGCGGCCUGCUGGUUUCGGAGACUAUCCGUGGUAUCCAGUCUGCGGGUGUGGGUACCUCGACCAAGCACUAUAUUGCCAACGAGCAAGAGACCAACCGGAACCCGGAGUCGGAGAACGGUAUCGAUGUCGCAUCCGUCUCAUCUAAUAUCGAUGAUAAAACUAUGCAUGAACUGUAUCUGUGGCCAUUCCAGGAUGCGGUUCGUGCUGGUAGUGUAUCGAUUAUGUGCUCUUAUCAGCGCAUCAACAACUCCUACGGUUGCCAAAAUAGCAAGACGUUGAAUGGCUUGCUGAAGACGGAACUUGGAUUCCAAGGUUAUGUCAUGACCGAUUGGGGUGCCCAGCAUGGCGGUAUUGCAGCAUCGAACGCUGGCUUGGAUAUGGUCAUGCCAUCAAGCACCUUGUGGAACUCGAACCUUACCGAUGCUAUUGCAAAUGGCACUAUGGAGGCAUCCAGACUCGAUGACAUGGCAACUAGGAUCAUCGCAUCGUGGUACCAGAUGAACCAGGACGCUGAAUUCCCAUUACCGGGGGUAGGGAUGCCGUCGGACGUAUACACACCACACCAAGCCAUCAUCGGAAAGUCGUCGGACUCAAGGAAAGUGCUUCUCCAGAGUGCGAUCGAGGGUCAUGUUUUGGUAAAGAACUCGAACAACACCCUUCCUCUGAAGUCGCCAAAUAUGAUCUCCGUAUUUGGAUAUGAUGCAAAGGGACCUGACAGUCUUGGCUUCGCAUUGGAAUGGUUUAGCUACAGCCCGGCGAUCCAACCAAAUCACACACUCAUUGUGGGCGGAGGUUCCGGUGGAAACUCACCCGCAUACAUCAGUGCACCCUUAGAUGCUCUCCAACAGCAGGUGAUCGAAGAUGGCAGCUCCAUUCUAUGGAACAUUUCCGCUCAAGACCCGGAGGUUGACCCCAACACGGACGCUUGUCUUGUAUUCAUCAAUAGCUACGCAACAGAAGGGUACGACCGUGCCGGAUUAGUCGACGAGGGAAGCGAUGAACUAGUGACCAACGUCGCCAGCAAGUGCAGCAACACCAUCGUGACCAUCCACAACGCCGGCAUCCGGUUGGUCAAUAACUGGAUCGACCACGAAAACGUCACCGCUGUGAUAUUCGCCCAUCUCCCGGGUCAAGACUCCGGCCGUGCACUGGUGGAGUUGCUCUACGGGCGCUCCAACCCAUCUGGCAAGCUCCCGUACACAGUUGCCAAGAGCGCAGAGGACUAUGGAGCCCUGUUGCAUCCCAAGCAGCCCGAGGGCCAGUAUGGACUGUUCCCGCAGGAUGACUUCAGCGAGGGAGUAUACAUCGACUACCGUGCCUUUGACAAGGAGGGAAUCGAGCCGCAAUUCGAAUUUGGAUUCGGAUUGUCGUACACCACAUUCGACUACUCUGGACUGAACAUCGGUCAAGUCAGUGACAACUCCACCAGUCAGUAUCCUCCGUCCGCGGCGAUCCAAGAAGGUGGAAACCCUCACCUGUGGGAUGUGAUCCUCCGGGUGUCUGUCGACAUCACGAACAGCGGACCAGUGGCUGGUGACGAAGUUGCACAGCUUUAUUUGGGUAUUCCCAAUGGACCUGUGCGUCAGCUUCGCGGGUUUGAGAAAGUAACUAUCCCCGUUGGACAGACAGUGGAGGUGGAGUUCGCUUUGGGAAGACGGGACUUGAGUACCUGGGAUGUGGUGGCACAGGAAUGGUUGCUUCAAUCUGGGACAUACCAGGUGUAUGUGGGAAGAUCCAGUCGGGAUUUGCCUCUACAGGGGGAGUUCACCAUCUGA